GUAUUAUACGUGAUAGUGAUGCUACCAAGUGUAGGACAGACUCACCCAGCUCUUGACUUGGCAGAUUUAUAAGAUCUUCAAAAUUGUCCAGGUUACUAGUCCCAGUUCUUUACUCUGCUAAGCAGGGACCCUGAAUAUUUAAUCUAAUACAAGAAUUAUUGUACAGGGAUCGUACAUACUUGUAAAAAGAAAUAAUUAUUCAUAAUUGUUCUGAGCACUUUCUUUGGCCAACUGCUUCCUUGUAAUGCCCAAACAAGAGAUUGCUUUAUCCAGCGUUGUUAAAGUGACAAUUUGUUCAGACACUUGAUCAUGAUCACCAUGGUUGUCAAUGUGCUGCCAUAUUGAGGACGAGGUUCAGAACAGGAAAGAGAGCUCUCUAGAUAUAGUCUGAUAUCUUCCUCUAGUUCAUCUUAUUUUGAAGCCUCUAAAAUCUUCCCUCUAGCAAAUGUUACUGGGUGCAUUAUGCCUUAGGGAAAAAUACAAUGAGGCAUUUGCUGUCCACAGAAAGAUUCUCCUCUCUUCCACACGCCAGUAGAAAGUUGACUAAUUAUCUAGGCCCACAAUCUGUUCUUUUGCCUCUCUCCACCUCUACUCCAGAAAGAUCUGGAAAAAUAGAACAGCCACACACCAUGGCUCUAAACAGUAAUUGACUUUAGAACUGUCUGGAAGAAACAAAUUCUGAUGUCAAGGGGCCUGUGCUGCAUGUUCUGUUCUAUUAGACCCCGGACAGUUCACUCUAAGGGCUGUUGGAAUGAUUAUUAUUAUUUGUAUUACUGAAUUGCUUAGGAGCCCUAGUUAUGGACCAGGAGCCACUGUGCUAGGCACUGUACACAUAGAAAAAUGAAAAGAAGGUCUCUCAUGUAGUCAGGAUCCUCUCCAUAAAAGAGCUUUCUAAAUCAGUGAUGCACCCUACCCAGAAGUCAGGACGGUCUUCAGAAGAAUCUUUUUCUGCUGAUGCUAUAGGAAGGCAGUCUUCCAGUCUCCAAAUGUAGGUUCAAGUAGCAGGCAUUGGAAUAAUCAAGUAUGGAUAUCAAAAAGGCAUGGAUCAUUGUGCCACAGGCCACAUCAGACAAACUGUUGCCUUACCAGACAUAGGUGAAAAAAGGCACUUCUAACUACUGAUGUCUCCUAAAAGUAUGUUGCUGUAUGUAAACACCAAUCGGAUGGCAAACUGCCUUGAUUGUGGUUGAGCAUUCUUUGUGGUUGAGCAUCCAGCCUUCUGUUAAAGGGAAAGUCAUUGUGAAGAGUGGAAGACCUCUUGGUGCUGAGGAAGCAUGAGAGGAAAGGUUUCCAAUACAUAGAAUUGCAAACAGUACUUGAGAGAAAUGACCCACUGGUUUCAUCGCAACCCUUUAAAGGCUACAGCUCCUGUCACAUUCAAUUUCUAUGGGGUAGCCAGCAGUCCUGCUGCAACAAAGAUUUGCAAUGACUUAAGAUCAUCCAGGCUACGACUCUUGGAACUGUUUACUGACUUGAGUUGUAAUCCAGAAAUGAUGAAGAAUGCAACUGAUUUGUACUUUUCACUCUUGCAAGGCUUUAUAGUCUCACUGGAUAACUCUUCUCAAGACUGCAAGUUGCGAUAUAUUCAGAAUUUUAAGUGGACAGACACAUUACAAGGACAAGUUCCAAGUGCCCAGCAGGAUGCUGUGUUCGAACUGGUUUCCAUGGGAUUUAACGUGGCUCUCUGGUACACAAAAUAUGCAUCGAGACUGGCCGGGAAAGAAGAUAUAACAGAAGAUGAAGCAAAAGAUGUUCACAGAAGCUUGAAGAUAGCAGCUGGGAUUUUUAAACAUUUGAAGGACAGCCAUAUCCCCAAACUGAUUACACCUGUAGAAAAGGGAAGGGAUUUAGAAGCUCGACUUAUAGACUCCUACAUCAUCCAGUGCCAAGCUGAAGCUCAAGAAGUGACAAUUGCCCGAGCUAUUGAGCUGAAACACAAUCCUGGUCUGAUAGCUGCUCUAGCCUAUGAAACAGCCAAUUUCUACCAAAAAGCUGAUCAAAUGUUAUCCAGUUUGGAUCCAGCGUACACUAUUAAAUGGAGAAAGUACUUACAGUUGAAGGCAUGUUUCUAUAUGGCUUAUUCAUACUGCUACCAUGGUCAAACUCUGCUGGCCAGUGAUAAAUGUGGAGAAGCAAUCAGAUCUCUGCAGGAAUCAGAAAAAUUUUUUGUCAAGGCUGAAGCAUUAUGCAAAGAAUAUGGUGAAACAAAAGGGCCUGGGACUACUGCCAAACCCUCUGGCCACCUCUUCUUUAGGAAACUGGGAAGUCUGGUUAAGAAUACCCUAGAAAAAUGCCAGAGAGAAAAUGGAUUCAUUUACUUUCAGAAAGUGCCACCUGAGGCUCCUCAGCUGGAGCUGAAGGCGAACUAUGGCCUGGUAGAACCCAUCCUUUUUGAAUUUCCUGCCUUGCAUGCACACUGGACCCCUGAAACACUUGCUGCAUUUGAUCUCACCAAGAGGCCAAAGGAUGACAGUGCUAAGCCAAAACCAGAGGAAGAAGUGAAACCUCUGAAAGAACCAGAUAUAAAGCCUCAAAAAGACAGUGGAUGCCAGAUCUCUUAAACACCAUAAGUGCUUUGAAUUCCUUCUACAAGUUGUAUUUAAUGAACUCUGGGGCUUUCAUUUCAGAUCCCCUUUUCUAAUUCUUCUUAAUCCUAAAGAUUAAUUUACUGAUUUAUGUUUAGUAGAGGUCUCUUCAUUGAGAAUGUGGCUGGAUUUAUAAAUGAAAUUAUUUAUAGCCAUGCUUUUUGUUGUUUUAGUUGGGACCUCAGAAUGAGCUCAAAUGUCCACAUGCUUAUAGAAAGUGUUUUAAGUUUAGGUGGUGGUUCUCAGGUUAGCUUCUAUACUGAGAAUAACAUACUGAAGUUAAUAUUUCCCACCAUAGGAAAGGCUGGUAAAGUUAAAGAUAUGGUUUCUUUCCAUGAGAUUUAAUUCCUUACAUGCUACUUAUAGUGUCAAGUACCCAGAACAAAAAAGAUACAAAUGGAAAUUUGCCAGAAGCAAUCUUUUAGUCAUGUUUGUCACAAAGGCUUAAAACCCUGUCUCAUUCCCAUUCUGUUUCUGAUAAAUGAGAAAAGUAAUUCUCAGCUGGGCUUUAUUCAUGUGGAAACUUCUAUAGUGAAGUCGCUUCACUAUACUUCUUCAGAAGCAGAAUUUCUCCAUAAUCAGAAUGCAGUUUAUACUCAGUUGAAACAACUGGACACUCCAUUCUACUUCACUUUAAAUCAGGUUUCCCUAUACCCGAGUUCAUAGUAACCUGCUUCCUCUGUAGCUUUUUUAUUUUAUCCAUCUGCUUACUUUGAAGCCUUUUAAUCUCAAACUGGGAGUCUGGUGGUGGCAUGGGAGACUUUUUCAGAGUUUAAUACUGUGCAGGGUCCAGAAUGAGUGAAUUAUGGGUACUUAAAAUUCAGUGGCUUCGUAGAACUCAGAUGAAUGCAUUUAGCUGUAAUUAAUGUGCUGUAUUUUCAACUGGGUAAUACCUGCUCUGUCAAUGGCUUCAUAUAACUAAGACAAUGAGUAUUGCUGGCAUUUCAGCUCAAAGGAGACCCAGCUCUAGAUCUCCUUUACCUCAAACAUAAAUGGCAUCUUCUCCCAGCUUCCUUAAUUGCUAGCUGAAAACAGCACCUUGAUAAAGAGCAGCUGUGGAAAAAAUGACCCCAGGCAAGACUGAGGCUGAUUGGAAGAGGGAAGUGCUCUGAAGAACUUGUUGUUUCUAUAAUUUUCCCCACUAUUGAGGACUUACACUCUCAGACAAGUUAGUUUGCAGCCUUGGUGUCCUAUGGGCAUUCAGCAGUAAUGAGUUCAAUAGAACUGUGACAACAAAAACAUCUAUUUUCAUUUGUAACUGGUCAGAAGAUUGUCUGGCACACAACUAGUCACAGUGAUCCAUGUGUGUAUGUAUGUCUUCCAGGCUUGAGCUUUGCAAGUCAUUACACCUAAGAAUAAAGCUACACACCUUGAAAAAGCAUCAGCUGAUAAUAAGCACAGCAACCCAUGUGGUUAGCAUCGCAGGUUACAAGGAAAGUAUGCUCCAGUGCUCUGCUGUCUCCAUUCAGUACAGAGACCAGUUCAAUGACUCUGUCUUGAUAUUCAGAAUCUUCUGUGGGACUGGAUGUAGCUACCCGGCAGAUCGUGACUUUCCACAACAGCUGGAACAAAGAAGCUGUUGGCCAAUAAGAGGCAAUUUAUGAAGUUGGGAAACCGAACUUUCACAGAAACUGGACUGGACCAGGCAACUCAUUGCCACAAGAGAUAGGAAUGAUUGUGGUGCUAACCACUAUGGACAGAUCAGAUGCAAAACUCGUUUCUUCAAUUUACCUUUCUCCUAAUCAGUUCUAUACACACGUCCCUAUAAACUAAUCAAACUAUUUCUCUUACAGGUUGUAAAAGACAAGAUCAUUUAUGUUUUUAACUAUUUGAGGUGUUUAGAUGUUUUGGGGCGGGGGUCAGGAGGCAGGGCUGAAAGUACCUGGAUAGAUAUUUCUCUCUCACAACUUCUCCACUUUUUUCUUGUUGCAUCCCACAUUUUGAAGGAAAGGGAACUGAGUAUGUUUGGCCAAGGUUUCGCCAAGUGUUGAUUUACUGAUGAGAAAAUUCUGGUCUCCUAAAUAAUUAUAGGGGCCAUUUUAGGAUCUCCCACACUGGUAGUGGUGAAGGAGUUGAAGGUGGAGAAUGGAGGUCGGAAGUAUGUAUUGUUGCCACAAAAUCCUGUUCUUUUAAAAUAUAUUCUAUCCUUGCAGUUACGUGGCUUUCAUUUUACUAAAGGAUAAGAAGCUGAUGUAGCUCCAUGCUCCCAGUCCUAAGUUUGCAGUAUGUUCUCUUACUCUUUUAUGCUUAAUAACCUGUACUGAGGCAUUUUUCUACUGACUGACAAUUUUAUCUUCUCUAAUUAAAGUUAAGAUUUAAUAAAACACAGUUUUCUCUUAAUCCCUGCUGCUGACUAUUGCACAGAUUCGCCUGACUGUUUUUAUUUUCUUGCACAUGUGUGUUCAAGCACCUGCAUUGGUGCAUUUGACCACGUGUGUACUGUAGCAUAUAAAUUUCUUCCUAAAAUCCAAAUCUGUAGUUUUGGUGUAACCAUUGACCAGAUCUUCCCCAAAAAACCUUCCAAAAGCUUAUUUUAUGAACUUGCAUAUUUACUGGCAUUGUAUUAUCCCCUACUUUCUGGAACUAAGUGACCUGUUUGAUUUAAAUUCACUGUAAAUGUUUGCUGGCUGUGUACAACUCAAGUGUUAAAUAAUGGCAUUACAUAAGCCAGGUUGUAACCUUGUGCUGGUCCCAGGCUGUAGCUGUUUUCAGUAACCACAAGAUAGUAGCUUUAAAAACUGAUUAAAAGAAUGAGUUUGUGCUCUUAAACUUUGUUGCUACUCAAGAUUUACUUUUGUUUACUCACUACAUACCAUAGGCUUUAAAAUACAAGUAGUUUUGCUUGUGGGCAAGGAAUAUUGUUAUAGCCAUGUUGGUCCCGGGAUAAUGGGACAAGGUGGGUGAGGUAAUAUCGUUUAUUGGACCAACUUCCAUUGGUGAGAGAGACAAAGCUUUUGAGCUUACACAGAGCUCUUCUUCAGAAAGUAAGAGUGUCACAGCUAAAUACUGUGACACUUUUAGUACCUUUACCAGCCUGAAGAGCUCUGUGUAGCUUGAAAACUUGUCUCUCUCACCAACGGAAGUUGGUCCAAUAAAAGAUAUUAGCUCACCUACCUUGGCAAGGAAUAUAGACAUUUUAGUCUGAAAAUAAGUAGAGGAUGCUAUUCUGUAACGGGUGAUUCCCUUUUGAGUUCUUAUGAAGCGGGCGAUUUUGUUAAGGUAUUUAAAUACAGACACUCCAUUCUUUGAGUUAACUAUUUCAUUUGCUUAAGCAUUUAGAAAGCCUAAUUGGGGGGUUUCAGUCAGUCUGCACAUAUAUGUGUAUAUAAUAAAUUUCCUUCUGCUAAGGUUUCCUUUAGUAAUUUUUUAAAAGAUAAUGUAUUUCAUAAGGUGACUUUUUAAUAUUUAUUAACAUCAGCAUUAGUAGGCCUCUCCCUUCUUACAGUGAGGACGUGGUUUAGUGAUGACCUCUGUCUGAGGGUGCAAUUUUACAUUUAAUUACACCCAGAAAAAAAAGUUGAUGUAAACGUCUGAUAUCUGACUUGAUACGUGUGCUUGCACUUCACAGUGGAGGCAAAAUUUGCAGCCACAAAGAAGGCAGACACUAGAGUACUAGCUGAACAUCAGGCUCUUGGUGUUUUUGUCCUUUUAAAAUAUUUAACACGAGGGCUCAUAAUAGCUUAAUAAUUAAAGCAAAACAUGUCCUUUAUAGAAAAAUAAUUCUAAAUGCAAUUAAUACACAUAUGAUGUGUGUCUCACUCCAUGAUCCACGUUACUAGGUUAAUAAGAAAUGUAAUCAUUUAGCACGUAACACUCUUUACAUCCAAAGGACUAAAUCAUGUCCUUGAAUGUGCAUGCCCAUCUCUCAUGGGCUUCUAUUGGAGUCCUGUAUGUGCAUCCAAGUGCAGGAUUUGGUCCAUUUAUGUAUUUAGUAUGACUAAUUGGCUGAUAUACCAUGACAAUACAAUACCUGUGCAUAGUCUAAGAAAGAAAGCAGACACUUGUUUAUGUACAGUAUUGUAUAGCCAACUUUGCACUUUAGAAACUCUAAUCAUUCAUUUUCAGUACUGUAGAAUGUGCUUGUAAAUACUCCUUUAUUUUUGUUUCUGUUGUACUGAUUGCUGCAGUCUGAUACUAGUGAGAUUUCAUGGGAAAACAUAAAAUUAAAAUGUAUUGUCCACUGUAUGUAUAAAAUAAACUGUUAAUGCAA